AUGGUCGGCCGGGCCGGGCCGCUGGGCCGCAGGCCCGCACUACGGCCAGGCGCCGCCGCUACUAAUCACCGGGUGGCUGCCCCGCCGCACUCAACUUGGCAACGGCCGCACACUGAGGCUCCGAGGCUCUGCCUGUCUGCUAACUUUAGCGGCCCCGGGCCUGGCACCGACGGUGCCGGACCCCGAUUCCAGCCCUCUCAGGCUGUGACCCCUGCUGAGCUGGCGGCCGGGUCACCGGGUACUACGGAGAGGACCAGUGAGACAGAAAUGAAACUCAUGGUGAUUCGUGUUGCGAUGUUUGUUUGCCUCGCAGACAGUUUAAUGGCAUUCAAUGUGUGGUUUCCAUGCUUCAGCGGAAAUGCUAUUUCGAAACCUUUAUUCCUUCGUCAUCAUGAAGAAGUUGAAAGAGGCAGGCACAUCAGUAUGCACGCGAUAAAACGCGAAUCAAAACAGAAAUGGUAUGAAGGAAUCGACAGGAACAGCGAAGAGUACAAGAAAACGCUUGAGCGUCAGCGUCAGCUUACAGAUUCCAUGUCGGUGCUCGAAAAAUGGGACGAGUCAAUGAGGGAAUUUUAUCAGAAACAUGCAGACGCCACAGCUCCUCUCGGAGAUGUGGAGGGCCUAGUCAAAGUGGCUGGAGCGCAGGAGCGACGAGCGCUGCGGGAGGCAUGCAAGAUUCUGUCCUCGGAAGCUUACUAUGUCCUCCUUGGGAUGAAUGCAGGGACAGAGGAGGAAGUCCGCAGGUGCUUCCAGCAGUGGAUUGAAGGGCUCCAGCUCCCGAUGCCUGAGCAGGUGCCGUACAUGGACGACAACUUCGGCACAGAAUUUCUCGAUCGCGCAAGCAUGAGCCAGGAGCUGCAGACGAGGUUUGAUGGUCCAGUCCAUCUUGCAUACAACUCAAAGGCAGGAGAAGCGGCGGAUGCUCCUCCUCGAGUGCACAUCAUGCCUUAUCCUGCUAUGGAUCGCGGAACGGUCUUCACUCCAAUCCUGGAGGGAUUUUUCACUCAGUACGGUGAAAUUCCUCUGAAUCUCUUCGAUGUUGCCUUGGAUGAGAAAAUUCCGGAGGGGUAUGAGUCAGUAGAUGAGAGCGUGCGCUCCAAGGACGUCGCCGCCCGCCAGCAUGCAGCCCUGGGCAAUGCAUAUGCGAACCCGAGUGCUAUGAAGGAUGUGAAAGUUGCCAAACCUUCAGAAUCAGAAUCUUCAUGUGAGCAAGCGCAAAACCUUCUCGACCAAACUUCAUCCAGCGAAUUUCUCAACUAG